UAUUAAGCGUCAUCCAGGGAUAACUGUCGUCCAGCUUGAGCCGAAAUGUCGCCGGUUUCCUUGACGCUAUUGAAGAAGCACUAGAUGUGAAAACAGCGCCAUUUCUGUCGGCGUCCAUGAUACGCGAUGCUACCGCAGCGGAUUCCAGAGCUCGAGCUCGGAACGGCAGCGGGAGAGAAAUAGCCGCUCCCCUUUCGCUGCUCCUCUUUACUUCAGCCCACGGCAGGUCGUGCCGGUGAAGUAAGACGAAGCCCGAAAAUGGAACCCUCCGACUGAGACGCAAACACGUCCUGUGUUUUGCUCAGCAGCUGAGAUCUAUCAGCAGCAUAAGCCAUGCCUGACGAGUAAAAUCCCCUUUUUUGCUCAAAGCAAUAAAAAAAGAAAAAAACAUCCUACAUGUCUCCCCAUGUAGAGCCCCUUCAGUGCGUCCUGCUGGAGUGACUGCCCCCUCUUCCCAAGGUUCUGCCUCGUCCUCUCUCUGUACUGCUCCACCUGAGAAUGGCCAACACCUGAGGUCCCAUGCGUCCAGUGAGCACCGAUUCAGACGGUCCUGCUCCUCCUGAAAACCUCUCUUGCCCCUAUCCCCUCGUGGGCCCCCUGCCUGCCUCAGAGAUGUCCUUGCUCCAGUCGCUGGGUCCAGUACAAAGCUGGCUUGGCCAGGAGCUUGAGAAGUGUGGGAUUGAUGCCAUGAUUUACACCCGCUAUGUCCUCAGCCUUCUCCUGCAUGACAGUUAUGACUACGACCUGCAGGACCAGGAAAAUGACAUCUUCUUGGGCUGGGAGAAGGGAACUGGGAAGAAAUGGGGCAAGAGUAAGAAGAAAGGUGGAACCGACCUGAGUCUGGAGGAAAUGAAGAAGCAAGCUGCUGUGCAAUGCCUUCGCUCUGCAUCUGAUGAAAACUCUGGAAUUGAGAGCCUGGUUGAAGAGCUUUGCUCUAAACUAAAGGACAUCCAAAACAAGCAGAAAGAAGAAAAACAGAUUCAAAAGAAAUCUGAUGGCUCUCAGUCUCCAGAGCGAGCUGAGUCCCCCUCUUCAAAGGACCAGGUGGAAAUGUAUUAUGAAGCCUUUCCUCCUUUGUCAGAGAAGCCUGUUUGUCUCCAAGAGAUCAUGACGGUGUGGAACAAAGCUAAGGCCUGUGCAUACUCAAGUUCAUCAUCCUCCGCAGCCCCACAGACCAGCACAGACACCUCUUCCCCAAAAGAUUGCAACAGUGAAGGUGAGGCUGCAAAGGAACGAAACCUUGAGGCGUGUGGUACCAUCUCUACUGUGUCCACGGAAAGAGGCCAGCAACGACGCAGCAAGAAGGAAAAAGAAAACCGAUACCAUGGUGGUGCAACAGCGGAGGAGAAGUCUACCGUCUACUCUAAGAGACAGACGAGACACAGAUCUGAGGGCAAAUACAGACCCAGAUCCUGGUCUUCUGGCUCUAGUGAGGCUGGCUCAAGCUCAAGUGGAAACCAGGGUGACUCUAAGUCAUCCAGAAGCAAGGCAGUUAGAAUAAGGCACAAAUCCAGGGAGGCUGCAAAGAAUAAGAGAACACGCAACAGCGGGCAUGUGAAGCUGCAGGUGAAAGUAAUCGAAAAAGAGGAACGAAGAAACACAGGAGGGAGCAGUAGCAGCGCCACUGGAGGCGCUGCCAAACAACCACAGCUUUACAAAAAGGGGAAGAGACCGUUGAAGGAGAUUCGUAAAGAUCCAAGCUGGAAGGAAGCAAAAGAGUCCGGAGUUGAGGUCAGAAACAAAAAGGAGUAUAUGGAGGAGCCACUUUGGUACACUGAGCCCAUCACAGAGUAUUUUGUACCUUUCAGCAGCAGACAAAGCAAGCUGGAAACAAAAUAUCGAAGCAAAGUAGACUCUCCCGACGGCUUCCCUUUGUCAACCAACAUGGAGAGGCUGCCGGAGAGAAUCCAGGGAAUCUGUAUUGCCAAUGAGAGCAACCAGAGAGCAUACCUAGCAGCAGGCUCGUUUGUGGAUGGGCACUUUGUGGAAGGGCCUGGCGAAGCAGAAGAGGAAACUGCUGAACUCACUGGGACCUCAAGCUGCCCUCAGCCAGAGGAUAGUAGAGAUUUAGAUGACAAGCAUCUGUCUGAAUUCACUCACUUCUAUGAAGUUGAUAUUUAUCAAUCCAUAUUGGAUACUAGUGCCUCAGACUCUAUACAAGAGAGUCGGAUCUUAAGCAUGAUUCGACAAAAAAGCAAAGAGCAAAGAGACGUUGAGGCAGAAUGUUGUUUAGUGUUAGAUGGCCUUGAGCAGCAAGGGAAAAGUGCAAUACGGGCAGACUCACAGGAAGCUUCGGGAUCUGUUGGAUUCUUCAUGGAGGAUCUUGAAAACAUGGCUCAAGUGUGGGGAUGUUAUUCACCAUCUACUUCAGAAGAUAUUGAUGGAGAAAGCUUCGUAGGAGACUCUCCCAUUCGGCUCUCUCCCCUUCUUGAUAGUGUUUCAUUCACCCUGAGCAAACUAUCUGGAAAUUUGGAGGAGCCACCUGUUCCUGAAGCCACCAGUGAACCAUCUUGUUUGAACUCAUCCUGCUUCUCCCUUUUUGAGCUGCAGUAUGACAGCCCCACUUUUCCUUUUCCCCACGACUCACUCACCGUGUGUCACGAAAACAACACAGAUUCUAGUAGCUGUCUCGACCCACAUUCUAAUAAACAGUCUCGUUUGCUAAUAUGGACCAAAAAUAGUGCCUUUGACGAAACUGAACACUGUUCUAACCUUUCAACACGAACUUGCAGUCCGUGGUCACAUUCAGAGGAGACUCGUUCAGACAAUGAGCAGGGAAAUGUUCCAACAGAGGAUGCUGCUCAAAUUGGCAAUGAAGAGAUUGAUUGUAUAAUCCCGCCUCUCUCUGGUACCUAUCUGGAGGAUGAAAUCUUGGAUUUUUUGCAAGAAAACUCUGGCCAUAAGUGUGAGGAGGUCAAUGUAAGUACAGCAUCAAAUCAGACCUUCACCAAAAAAUCAAAAUUGGAGUCAAUUUGUGGUAUAGCACUGGAAGAGGAUGAGAGUAAACAGUACAGCACUGGCAUGUUUUCGGACAACACAAACCAACACAGUGAUGACUACAGCUCAGGGAUAAUAAAGGACAUUUGGACUGCAAUAGGAGAUGACAAGUCUGUUAUGUCGAGGCAAGGAGCAGAAAAACCAAGCAAGGCGCUAUUCUCAGAUGAGUCAAGUGGUUACUGCUGCAGUUGUCUGGAAGUGCAGGCUAAAGGAGUUCCAAUUCAGGGACCUCAGAAAAAGGCAGUGCAGCGAUCAGAAUAUCACCUUUGGGAAGGCAAGAAAGAAGAACAGGACUUAGCCAAAAACAAACUCUCCAAGGUAGAUGGUGCUGGGGAUUACAUGACUCCGUCCAAGCCCUGGGACUUGAACUCUGACAAGGAGAGUACGUCAUUCAUCCUAGGAGGGGUGUAUGGAGAGUUGAAGACACUAAGUGGUGAUAAGAAUUGGGCUGUUGUGCCGCCAAGUGACACCCAAGAUAGUCUGCUCCAGUGUGCUGCUGCAGCUGCAUCUGCUUCUGGCUCAGACAUGCUCACCAUCACUGGCACAGAUGUGUUCAUGAACACUGGCAGCUGCUUUGCCCCUGGGCACAGGCCCCUGUGGAGGCCUCUUGUGUCCUUUGGGCAGAGUGACCAGGCCAUUAGAGGAAGCGGAGAUGGAUUGAAUAAGGGAUUUUCUUUCAUCUUCCAUGAAGAUUUGCUUGGAUCUUACGGAGGCUUGCAUAGUGAGGAGCAAGGUUUAGAAUACCCAUUCGCAUCCUUCAACCUGAACAAUCCCUUCUCUCAAGUCCUCCAUGUUGAGUGUUCCUUUGAGCCUGAGGACAUGGCUUCGUUCAGUCCAGGGUUCAAGCCCAAGUCUAUUCUUUGCUCGGACUCUGAGAAUGAAGCCUUCCACCCACGAAUAUAUGGCAUCAACCGGACGCAGUACAGGGCCAUUCGCAUUUCCCCCAGGACUCAUUUCCGACCAAUAUCCGCCUCAGAGUUGUCUCCCAGUGGAGUGAGUGAUUCAGAGGCUGAGACUGACAAAGAGGAGAUGAGUUUUCCCGUCCUGGCGCCGGUGGACGUCUUUGAUGAUCCUCAGGCAGACCUCAAACCUCUGGAGGAGGAUGCAGAAUGUGAGGGCCCUUAUUACGGGAAGUCAGAACUGGAAUCUGGUAAAUUCUUACCCAGAUUAAAGAAGUCUGGCAUGGAGAAGAGUGCCCAGACAUCUCUGGAUUCACAGGAGGGCUCCAGUACCCUCCUGCCAAUUGCUGAGCAAGAGAUUUGCUUAGACUGCAAAACGACAGCAGCUGCAUCAACUGCAGGUGAAGAGACAAAUGUCUCAGUCGGCAAGAUUCAACAGGAUGAAUCUUCAGGAGAAAAACAGUCCUGCUUAUGUGCGCCAGCAGGUCAGAUCCCAAAGUGUGGGAUUGCUUAUGACUUUGUUGGAGAUGUGCCAGAGUUCCCUCUAUUAAAUGUAAGUGGACAGGGAGGAACUGGCAACCAGCAAGAUGAGUGCUGGUGGCAGAACACGCUCUGUUCCCCCCUUUUCCCUGGAUCUCAGUGUACAGGGAGCAGCAACAUUUGAAUACUCCAGUUUUGCAGAGGAUACCUGUCGUAGAGAGGAAACCUUCCUCUCGUUUUGUGACUGGACCUCUACCAGCAAAGAUUCAGGGUCAACUCAGAGCUGGAAAACCUAAUGUAGGCUAAUUUUCUGAGACACCCCUCCAAAACCCCCACACAUAACCCUGCUGGUUUUCAUUUACUAACUUAAAACCUUGUGUAACCAAUCAGAUCAACAAAAAGUGAGUGAAAAUAGGAAAACUCAAAAAAUAUGUUCUGUCUUUGAGUGAUGCCAUGUGCGGAUAUGCAUUUUAGGCAUUUUAGAAUUUGUUUCAUUUGAUUCUUCUGUACACUGGUCCUCAUCCAAGUCUCACAGUUAGGUAGUAGGGACAAUCUUUUGUUCUAUCCUCGUCAGUUUUGUUCCCACCAUUUUGCUUUUGAACUAGCAUACUGGUAGUUGGUGGUGUCUGAAUGGUUGUGCAUGUGUGUUUGUCCAGCCAGUCUCACUCCUCUUUUUCUAGUUGAACCUAAUGUUGUGUGAAACAAGUGCUAUCACAUCCUCUACUUUCCAUCUUGUGUUCAGAAAGACAAUACAAGGAUGUUGAGAUUUUUUGAGUUGUGUAAGAGUUUGAGAGUUUAAUUUGAAUAGUUUGUUUGGACGACUUUCUGAAUGUGAAGUAGAGAAUGUGUGCAGCUUUCUUCUAAAUAUCCCUAAAUUCCCCAUGUGUGAAAAGUUAUCAUAAAUGAGUCUGAUUUUUGAAUGGUGAUAGUCUUACAAAAGCUAGUUGUAGACAUAGUAUGGUUUGUGAGGCUAAAAUAAAAAAAAAAUCCUAAAAUAAAAAAAACAGGAAAUCAAAAGGAGUUUUGUUGGAAAAAAAAUACUAAUAAUCUACUUGAAAUGCAAUGCUGUAAAAGAAUUGGGGAAAAAAUAAAAAAAAGUUUGUGUUUUGGGGUAAAGACCCAUCAUGAAAAGACAUAAGUACAGCCAUUUCUGCAGACACCUGUGUUGCAACUGAAUGAAACUUUGUUUUAUUUUUUUGUAAUUUUUAUGGUACAGACUAUUGGUGCUAUAAAUAUGUUCAAAAAUCUUUUGAAGUUGCAGUUCCAUACUAUGGCUGUGAUAAGUAGAUGGCAUAGCCUAGUUUUGUUUGUAGUCCAGACAGUCAGACUCCAUGAAUAUCUUUUUCGAAAUUGUAAAACAAGAAAAAAAGUUUUGCCUGAUGGCGGUUCUUGCUUAAUGUGGCUUGGUUUUUAUUUUAAGGUAACCUCUUAGUUGUCAGGCCUGUAACAGCUGAAACAGAAAUACUUGCAGGUAUUUAAAUCUCAAGUUUCUACACAUUUUUUUUUCAGUUCAUUGCCCCCCCCCAAGCAGAAAGGACAAAAUCAGCAUUGACUGAUGGUUAAUUGUCCAAUUUGUGCUGCAAGUAAAAAAAAAAAUCUAUAACACAACAAGUGGCGGGGCAAUUGUCAAACCAAAAACAAGGCAUAAUUACACUAAGGUACAAAUGCUUUUUUCCAUAUGAGGUGUGUUUUUAUUUUUUGGUUUACAAUAUAUCUUGUUGAAUUAUUGAGUAAAGUCUCACUAUGUGUGUUUGUGUGUGCGUGUGUGUUGGCAACAGAACUUGGAAGGCACUGGUUCAGAAUGAGUGGACUAGAACUUCACCUGGGAGUAACGUGAAUGUCUGCAGAAACCUGCAUUCACAAAAAUGCAAAUGCAUCAGUGCCCCCUAAAUUUGAAACACACCUGAACAAAUUUGCUACAAAACCUUUAAGGUGUGGCUGGACUGGCCUUUCUCAAGACCAGUGCUUUGAAAAUGAAAUUGAGUGGAGGCUCAUGCAGAUAAAUGCAUUGUGCAUUCCUUAAUACCUGCUGUUUGUUAUUUGUUUUUAUUUUUUUCAUUUUCAAACAGGUUUGAGGAUGGUAACUGGGUCAUUUAUUUGUCACAAUACCAUGAAACUGAAGCACAGAUACCUAAAAUCAUCCCUCCAUUAAUGGGUAAAUAAAAAAUCUGUCAGCAGUGUGAGCAGACUCGCUGUAAUGCACUGUCGCAGGUAAAGGUGUCUCUACUGCAGGCAUGGCUUUGGAAAUGGUUUCCUCAUUUAAGAAUGCAAAGAUUGUAUGUAAAGGUCCAAGGUUUGUCCAAUGCUAUGCCACCUCAAUUGAAAAAGGACCCCCCCCCCUCCCCCCAGUAGCUGAAUGAAAGGUACUCCAACUUCAGGGUCUUGUCACCUUUCUUUGACAGUCAUCAGACACUCAGGAAUUUUUUGAUAUAAGCAUACUGCAUAAUCUACACUCAGACCUGUGACAGUGCAUUGAUGCAUUAAUGUAAAACCUUUCUUUGAUUGUAGAGCAGAAAUUAUUGACAGGAGUUCUUUCCAAGCAAACCACAGAGGUGACUGUCAUUAUUUUAGAGCUAUAGUUUUAGGGAAAAAAAGAAGCAAGCCAUUGUAGAAGCAAUGCGGAGGGGAAUUCAAAAGCCCUGAGUCCUAUGCAAUACCUUGGCGCAUGUAAACAUUCAAGAAUAUACGGAGAAAAGUCAUUCUGUUUAUUUUGCAUGUUGAUUACUUUGAGUGAGGGACACCUGAAAACAAAAAAAAAAAACCAUGGAAUGUGUCUAAAAAUGCAGCAUGCAAACAUCACACUCCAUCUUUUUAUGUUGGUUUAAACAAAACAUGGUUAAAACAAAAAAUUAAGGUUAAAUCAGUGAGUGCAAGAAUGUAAUGACUGUGUGCGUGUGUGAAUCUGUGAGCGAAUGUGUGCAAGAAGCUAAGUCACAAAACGCACUUACAUUGGAGUUGAAAGGAAUGCAUCGCACCUUUCUCCAUUUAAUUCUUCCAUUUUGAUAGGCCAUGUUUAAAAAAAAAAAAAAAAGUGACGAGAAAAUGCAUUCAGUGAGGGUAUAUGCAUUUGGAACGACACUGAAAGGGUCGCUGAGUUUCGAUUGCACUGUGGUCUGAAGAACAUAUCCAGCACUGAAAACUUGAGUUUUCCUCGUCUUUUCAUUCCCACCUAGAUGCUCCUCCACCCUCCCCUCUCCCCUAUGUUCCCAAAUCCCAUCUGUCCCGAGUAGAUCUGUUGUUCUAAUUUCAUGUACACCCUGAGUAAAUUAUUUUGUUUCAUUGUGGAUUUUCUUAACAUCUAAUAAAGGAAUAAACCAAACCUCA